AUGUCUCUCUUCGUUCUCGCCGAAACGCCGGCAGGCUACGGUCUGUUCAAGGCUGCUGACAAGAAGCUCCUGAAGCGUGAUGAGCUCACUUCUGGUCCUACCUCUUCGGAGAAGAUCAAUGAGAUGCUCAAGCUCAAGUCCUUCGUCAAGUUCGAUAGCUCCGCCGUCGCCGUCGAGGAAGCCGCUGGUCUCAAGGAGGGUCGCGUUCCCCCAUUGCUCGCCAACCUGCUCAAGGAGAUCAAGGACGAGAAGAAGGCCUCGCUCGCUGUUGCCGACAUUAAGCUCGGUACUGCGAUCGGAAAGCUCCCCGAGUUGAACAUUCAGGCCGUUUCCGACGCCGUCACCCUGGACCUCUUCCGUGCUGUUCGUGAGAACAUGUCCUCUUUGGUGCCUGGCCUCACCACCGAGACCAUGGACCGCAUGGCCCUCGGUCUGUCCCACUCCAUCUCCCGCCACAAGCUCAAGUUCUCCGCCGACAAGGUCGACGCGAUGGUUGUUCAGGCUAUCAAGCUGGUGGACGACCUCGACAAGGAGCUGAACGUCUACGCCAUGCGCACGAAGGAAUGGUACGGCUGGCACUUCCCCGAGUUGGCCAAGAUCCUUAACGACAACCUCGUCUACGCUCGUCUCGUUGUCGCUGUUGGCAUGCGUCAAAACUUCGCGGAGACCGACCUCUCCGACAUCCUCCCCGAGGAGCUCGAGGGCCCUGUCAAGACUGCUGCAGAGAUUUCCAUGGGAACUGAGAUCACCCCUGAAGAUUUGGACAACAUCCAACUGUUGGCCCAGCAGACCAUUACCUACUCCGAGUACCGCGCUCAGCUCUCCAACUACCUUGAGACCCGCAUGCGCGCUCUCGCUCCCAACCUGACCGCUUUGGUCGGCUACCUCGUCGGUGCCCGUCUGAUUGCCCACGCCGGUUCCCUCAUCAACCUGGCCAAGGCUCCCUCCUCCACCAUCCAGAUUUUCGGUGCCGAGAAGGCCCUGUUCCGUGCGCUGAAAACCAAGCACGACACACCCAAGUACGGUAUCAUCUACCACUCCUCCCUCGUCGGCCAGGCCACCGGCAAGAACAAGGGAAAGAUUGCCCGUUCGCUCGCCGCCAAGACUGCUCUCGGUCUUCGUGUCGAUGCCCUCGGCGAUACCGAGAACCAGGACGAUGAGGAGGAGAGAAGCAUUCUCGGCCUCACCAACCGCAUCAAGCUCGAGAACCUCCUCCGCAAACUGGAGGGCAAGCCUCUCCUGCCCAAGGGUGUCGGUGUCGGCCCCGACGGUCAGCUCACCACCCCUGGUGGCUUCAGCCUGAAGGAGAGCCGCAAGUACAACGCCGAUGCCGAUGGUGUCGAGACCAACGGCAAGCUUAUCCAGGUCGUUGACGAGGAGAUGAAGGAUGCCGACAGCGAAGACGAGGAUGAGGAGAUGAACGACGCGAGCGAAGAGGAGAAGAAGAGCAAAAAGGACAAGAAGAAGGAGAAGAAGCGCGUCUCCAUCGCCGCGGCCGAGACCCCCGUCAAGGAGAGCAAGACCGUCAAGGGCACCCCCGCGAAGCUCAGCGAAAAGGACUACGAGCGUUUGGCCGAGGAGGCCGGCAUUAGCGUGUCCAAGUUCAAGCGCAAGUUCGAGCGCGGCGACGUCCAGCUCGGCGAGGACGGCUCUCCUGUCGUCUUCAGCAAGAAGGAGCUCAAGAAGCUGCGCAAGGACGGCGAGGAGGCCGACGCGACGCCAGUCAAGGAGAGCAAGAAGAAGCGCAAGCAUGAGGACGACGAGACGCCCAAGAAGGAGAAGAAGCUGAAGAAGAAGCGCAGCUCUCUUGGUGCUUAG